ACCGCAGCAGACGACAAACAUCGCGGCUACACUUGCCACCACAUGCGAGGCCAAACAAGAAGCUCAAGGCUAACGCCGGGAUGAAAAGCACUCUGUCGUCCGCAUGGACCAAUCUGCGCCGCCCUCCUCCGGGCGAUCCUGCUCCGUUUCCAUGGCCGAGUCUUCCAUGCCAAGUAACGCCUUCGUGGGCUCCGACGGCUCUUUAGCACCCUCAGGCAAUCCCUGGACGCCUCCAGACGAGAAUGGCACUGGCGGGCAAGAGGCAUACCCUUUCCGCAAUUUUUGGAGCGUAGAGGGUGGCCUCGACGAGGUUCUGUUUGCCAUACCGAGCAGAGAGCAAGCAGAUAUUCUUGUCACCGCCUUCUUCAAGUACGUGGAUCCAUUGUAUCCAAUUAUUCCGGAGAACUUGUUUCGAUCCCGCUUCGAGGAGUUCUGGGCUCUUCCGCCCAUAGACAGAGGCAAAUUCAAUACAACAUGGGUCGCCCUACUUUUCAUUGUGCUCGCUUCGGGUCACAUAUACGUGCAAGACCCGACAGCAAUUGAUUUCACGUCCGUUCCCGAGACGUAUCUGUCGUGCUGCUAUCGGGCUCUGUGCCUCGUCUCGUUUUUAAGCGAGUGGUCUCUUGAGACGAUUCAAGUACUAAUUCUUAUUUGCAACUAUUUUGUCACCAGUACCAGAACUGCCGAUUGUUGGACAUUUUCGGGCAUCCUGCAGAAAAUCGUUUAUGGCCUGGAGUUGCAUCUUCCUCCUCCCGCGAGCGCAUCGGUUUCGGAAAAGCACCUCCGGUACGCCCUAUGGCAGGCAUUCAUGUUCCAAGAUGUCUCGCUCUCCUAUUUUCUCGAACUGGUUCCCGCAUCCUGUCACCAUAGCAUCGAUGUUAGCUUACUUCGGCCCGUCGAUGACGGCGAGAACAACCCGGACAGUCGGCUCGAAGAAAUGCUGCUUUCCGAACGAGCUCACGUCGACAUUGCAUAUCUCAACAAUAAAGCGGAUGUGGCCUACCAGCGAGCCAUGUGGCAGUUCUCCACAUUCAUGCAGAAGAACAUAUGUAUUCCAACGGCGUUGGGGAGGCCGAUUGCCAGAGAUGCCGCGCACAAAGGAGGGCUCCUGGCAGACUUGCAGAGUAUUUACGACAACUUGGACCCGCCUUUUCACUCCAUCGACUUCCGCGGACAGCAAGGCCGUGUAUGGAGGCAAAUGAUUAUGGUUGCAAGCAACUACAAUCUUGCCUUCACAAUGCUGCAUUUGGCUCAGAAUCCAGCGACUGGCGUAGGCAUAGAUUGGCGCGGCGCCCUCAAGUCAUCCAACAAGGCGAUGUCUGCAUUUUUCGACUUGGUGAAUCAAGAUCGACAGUAUCUGACUAUGAUGACGCCUAUUAACACUCGCGCUUAUGCGCAGACGCUCAUGAUCUGCAAGGUACUCUCUACGGCCAAGGAGCAGACGAGUGGACAGGAAGAACCUUGGCUGCAACUAGCUGUGGGAAAUAUCGAACGAUACAUGGACUUGUUGCACCACGCCCGCGGAUCGUUCGCGUUUGAAGUCAAGAAGCAGGAAUACCUCAACGUGCUUUGGGGGUAUCGCGAGCUUCUAUCAGCAGGCACUGUUGGCUGAAUGUGUUGGAGCGGUCAUGGCGUGCACAGUUGAACUGCCACAUCUGGACCAGAACUACCUCUACCUUGGAAUCCAUGGAACUGUCUCGGUCACAGUGGUCUCUUGAUACCACGCGAUUACC